CGUUAACCAAAACACACAAAUGGACGCAACUGGGAAGACGCUGAGGACGGCAAGCAGCGCCGUCGGGGGAUCAGUCGCCUCAGUUCCCAGCUCACAGUCUCUCCUAAGUGCACACAAUAGUGCCAGCAACGUUCUUGCAGUGGACAACGCAGCAGUAAGCGCUGGGAACGUGACGGCGGUCUCGGGCCCCGUGACACUCUCGACGCUGCAGGAAGCCGCCAAGGCGCAGAAGGAGUGGGCCAAGUACGUCGCGUUCGACGAAGACGGCGGGAUCCUGUUCAGCAACGUCAAGCCGCUGGAUGGGGAGGUGGCCGGCUUCUUGAAGCUCUUUAACAAGCGUGAGGACACAAUGGCGUCGGGUAUUGUGCUGCUGGGUGAGCAAUACGAUGUCCAUCGAUUUCACCCGCCACUAGUUUACGGGCGUCGCGGGGACCCGUCGGUGGAGGAGGGAGAAGGUAUCGCAGUCUGCAAAGUGCAGCAAGGCAGUCGCACCCUCUACUGCCUCAUCACGUACGUGUAUCCGACGCUCUCGGCGCGUGCUGUACCGCAGCUCAAGGAGUUCUGCGAAAAGCAGUGUAAGUAG